ACUAAAUCGUUGGCCACUCAGUCUGUCAGCCAGUCAGUCAGUCAUUCAACCAGUCAGUCAGUCAGUCAGUCAGUCUGUCAGUCAUUAGCCAGUAGGGCAGUCAGUCAUUCAACCAGUCAGUCAGUCAGUCAGUUAGUUAGUCAAUUAGCCAGUAAGCCAAUUGGUCAGCUAGUCAGUAAGUCAGUCAGUCAUCUACUCAGUCAGUUAGUCAGCCAGUCAGUUAGCCAGCCAGACAGUUAGCCAGUCUAUCUGUUAGCCAGUCACUCAGUCAGUCAUUAGCCAGCAAGGGAGUCAGUCAGUCAACCAGUCAGUCAGUCUGUCAAUCAGCCAGCCAGUCAGCCAGUCAGUAAGUCGGUCAGCCAGUCAAUCAGUAAGUCUGUCAGUCAGUGAGCCAGCCAGUCAGUCAGUCAGUCAGUCAGUAAGUCAGUCAGUCGGUCAGCCAGCCAGUCAGUCAGUCAGUUAACAAGCCAGUCAGUUAGCCAGCCAGUCAGUCAGUCAGUCAGACAUUAGCCAGUUGUGCAGUCAGUCAUUUAACCUGUCAGCCAGCCAGUCAGCCAGUCAGUCAGUCAAUCAGUCAAUCUGUCACUCAGUGAGCCAGCCAAUCAGUCAGUAAGUCAGUCAGUCAGUCAGUUAGCCAGUCAGGCAGCCAGUUAGUCAACUAGCCAGUAAGUCAGUUGGCCAGCCAGCCAGCCAGUCAGUCAGUCAUUAGCCAGUUGCCCAGUCAGUCAGUCUGUCAGUCAGCCAGUCAGCCAGUCAGCCAGUCAGCCAGUCAGUCAGUCAGUCAGUCAGUCAGUCAGUCAGUCAGUCAGCCAGUCAGUCAGUCUGUCAGUCAGCCAGUAAGUCUGUCAGUCAACCAGUCACUGAGCCUGCCAGUCAGCCAGUCAGUCAGCAAGUCAUCAGUCAGUCAGUCAAUCAGUCAG